UCUGGAUGAACAGCAGCUCUGAGGUUACAUCCAGUGACAGAGUUCAGAUCACUGAUGGAGGCUCCACUCUGACUGUAGUCCAUGUGACUCGCUAUGAUGAACAAUCAUACAGGUGUCGAGUGUUUAAUCAUGUCAGUGAAGGCAUCAGUGAUCCAGUCAACAUCUUAGUCAGCUAUGGUCCAGAAAAUACCAAAAUGUCAGCAUCUCCAUCACAAGAGUUCUAUGAAGAAGGGUCAGACAUCAGUCUGAGCUGCUCGGCUGAUUCUAGACCUUCUGCCCAGUUUACAUGGUUUGUGAAUGGGACUAAACUUCCUGAUUCUGGACCAGAACUCACACUGAGGAACAUACAGUUCAGUCAGAGAGGAGAUUACAGCUGUCAGGCCUUCAACAGCAGAACUCUGACAAGUGAAAUGUCUCCAUCUUUAUCGAUCUCUGUUCUACAUGGACCAGAAAAUGUUCAGAUUGAAGGUAAAGACCUGAUAAAUGAAAACGAUCAGAUCAAGUUGAUCUGUUCUGCUGAGUCCACUCCAUCUGCUACAUUCACCUGGAGACUGAAUGGAUCAGAGAUCAUUGGAAGUUCUGCUGAGUUCCUCAAAGAAAAGGCACAAAGUUCUGACAGUGGAACCUACACUUGUGAAGCAAAGAAUACUGUCACUGAGAAACAAUCAACAGCUGAACAUGAACUCUAUGUUCAACAAGGUUGCUCAUCAGGAUGUUCUUCAUCAGGAUGUUCUGCUGGUUGCAUUGCUGGAAUCGUAGUUGGAUGUUUAGUUGUUGUUGCUGCAGCUUCUGCUGGAGGAUUCACUGUGUAUAAAAAACGACACAACAGGAAACCUGAUCCUCAGAGUGCAGAACAAAACCAUGUUUAUGAGGAAAUGUCAUCAGUCUAUGAAAAUGUUGGUAAAUGAACAGUUUGCAAGAGCUUUUAUGCAUUUUUAACAGUUUUUAUUCUAUUUGGUAAAGAUUUUUAAGAAUGUGAAGAAAGGG